GCUGCGCCGGGGGAGCUGGGCGGCUGCGCCGAGGGAGCCUGGCCCAGGCGAAUCCAGCAAGUCAGGCUGGUGGAAUCAAGGCUUUGUCCCGUCGCUGGGUGGGGAGAGGUGCGGCUCUGCGACAGACCCCACCGCCCGAGAUGCCGGGGCCAGUGCCCCCUGCCAGUAGCUGCUGCUGGUGGUGACGAUGUCAAAUAACGGCCUAGACAUUCAGGACAAACCCCCGGCCCCUCCAAUGAGAAACACCAGCACUAUGAUUGGAGCUGGAAGCAAAGAUGCUGGAACUCUAAACCACGGCUCCAAACCUCUGCCUCCAAAUCCAGAGGAGAAGAAAAAGAAGGACCGAUUUUACCGCUCCAUCUUACCUGGUGAUAAAACAAAUAAGAAAAAGGAAAAGGAGCGGCCAGAGAUUUCUCUUCCCUCAGAUUUUGAACACACAAUUCACGUUGGGUUUGACGCUGUCACAGGGGAGUUUACGGGGAUGCCAGAGCAAUGGGCCCGCUUGCUUCAGACAUCAAACAUCACUAAGUCAGAGCAGAAGAAAAACCCACAGGCUGUUCUGGAUGUGCUGGAAUUUUACAACUCUAAGAAGACCUCCAACAGCCAGAAGUACAUGAGCUUCACAGAUAAGUCAGCUGAAGAUUAUAACUCUUCUAAUACUUUGAAUGUGAAGACUGUGUCUGAGACCCCUGCAGUGCCACCGGUUUCAGAGGAUGAAGAUGAUGAUGAUGAUGCUACCCCACCUCCAGUAAUUGCUCCACGGCCAGAGCACACAAAAUCGGUCUACACACGGUCUGUGAUUGAGCCGCUUCCUGUCACUCCAACUCGAGACGUGGCCACCUCUCCCAUCUCACCGACUGAGAACAGCACCGCUCCGCCAGAUGCUUUGACCCGCAGUACUGAGAAGCAGAAGAAGAAGCCGAAGAUGUCCGAUGAGGAGAUCUUGGAGAAACUGCGGAGCAUAGUGAGUGUGGGCGAUCCUAAGAAGAAAUAUACACGGUUUGAGAAGAUUGGACAAGGCGCUUCCGGUACUGUGUAUACCGCAGUGGACGUAGCCACAGGACAGGAGGUAGCCAUUAAACAGAUGAAUCUUCAGCAACAGCCCAAGAAAGAGCUGAUUAUUAAUGAGAUCCUGGUCAUGAGGGAAAACAAGAAUCCAAAUAUUGUGAACUACUUGGACAGUUACCUUGUGGGGGAUGAGCUGUGGGUUGUCAUGGAGUACUUGGCUGGAGGCUCCCUGACAGAUGUGGUGACAGAAACCUGUAUGGACGAAGGCCAGAUUGCAGCUGUGUGCCGUGAGUGUCUACAGGCUCUGGAGUUCCUGCAUUCAAACCAAGUCAUUCACAGAGACAUCAAGAGUGACAAUAUUCUUUUGGGAAUGGAUGGCUCUGUCAAGUUAACUGAUUUUGGAUUCUGUGCGCAGAUAACCCCAGAGCAGAGCAAACGGAGCACCAUGGUAGGAACUCCGUAUUGGAUGGCACCUGAGGUUGUGACACGGAAAGCCUAUGGACCCAAGGUUGACAUCUGGUCCCUGGGCAUCAUGGCUAUUGAAAUGAUUGAGGGGGAGCCCCCUUACCUCAAUGAGAACCCUCUGAGAGCCUUGUACCUCAUUGCCACCAAUGGGACCCCAGAGCUUCAGAACCCAGAGAAACUGUCUGCUAUCUUUCGGGACUUUUUGAACCGCUGUCUUGAGAUGGAUGUGGAGAAAAGGGGUUCCGCUAAAGAACUACUACAGCAUCAGUUCCUGAAGAUUGCCAAGCCCCUGUCUAGCCUCACUCCACUGAUUGCUGCAGCCAAGGAGGCAACCAAGAACAGUCACUGAAACCACGCUCACGCCAGCCUCAUUGUGGCAAGCCUUCUGUGAAGUGAAUGCUCAUCUCAGAAACUCCAACCCCGGGGCCCUCAUCUCCUUGCCGUCUCCUGUCUAAUGAUCUAAUGCUCUCAAGACUUUGAUCCUUGGAAACUGUGUGUCCAGCACGGAAGAGAACUGCAACUGGAUGACUAAUUAGGUGAUGGUCAUUUAUAAGGAAUUCCCCUCCAAUUUGCGGUCGUGAGGGUGAUUUAUGAUCAAGAGUUUACAUGAAUAAAUCUAUUUCGACAUAGCCAAAUCUCACCCACCCUCAUUUCUUACCCUCACUGUCAGUUCUUGACAAUAUAAAUGUAUAGUUUCAUAGCAUUAUCAAUUUUCAGUCAAUUGAUAUUUCUUUAGUACUUGCUUUUCUGUGACCAAAUUGCCCAAACUCCUCACCGUACUUGAAAACCGGAACAGCUUGAGAAUGCCACGGGGUUUUGAUAAUCUGCCAGGGACGUGAAGUGGCUCUGUUUCCUGGACCAUGACUUUGACGCAGCUGAUCCUGACAUGGGAGAACUACCAUGUUUUUCUUUGUUGUGCUUCUAGCAGCUGUUUGGAAGAACUUAGACCCAGUAGUGUACCCCAUGCUAUUUCUUGUGAAAUGGUCUUGGCUAUGUAGCAGCUUUUGAUUCCCUGCACCCCCAAGGCUGCUGUCCCCCAUUCUGUCCUUGUUUAGAGCAUUGAAGGUUUCCUAUAAGGCACAUGCUGAGUGAAAGCUGCGUGAUAAGUAAAGGGAAAUGUAGCUACUUUUAGAGCGAGGCUGGGCCUCAGCACCUCCCUGUCCAGCUACAUUUGUGUGAUGUUUCAAGAUCUCAACCUUUUCUUCCCAUCAGGAUAGAGAACUGAAAAAUGAGCUCGUGUCUUGUGGCGGCUUAAAUAUUUGGGUCAAAGGAAAGGAUUUCCAAAGCUGAGACAAUAUGUUGGUUUUGGGAUGGAUUUGUUGACCUGAGAUGAUGCGCUCCCUACCGGCUUUAAAAGGACCCUAUGUUUAAGAUGCAUGGCCAAGCUCUCUGCAAAUGGAAAUGCUUACUCUGAAGGGGAUGUUUGCUACCUCCUGCUAUCUUUGUGGUUUUGGUUCUCCCACCGUGGUAGGAUGCCUGGCCAGCACUGUGGCUUGUCAUAUCAGCCCCACCGACUACCUGUCGUGCUCUGAGGUACCACUGCCUCAGCAGCACACGUUUCUGUUUCCUCAAUAAAAGGAGAUGAAAACAUUCUA